UACACGGCUGUUUAAGGAAAAAGUUGACUACAGUAAAAAUUUGUGUAGUGAACAGAUUUUAUCCUAAAAUUUCAUCAAAAUAGUGAAAUUAGAUAUGCGAACACUGUUGGCAUAAAUAGAUGCAACGAUGAAACUCAUACGCCGUGGAAGCACUACCUACUAAGUAGACCAAAGGUUUGUUGUAGAUGGCAAGGACAAUAAAAGCACUGAUAUCUCCGUCGAAUAAGUUCAAAUAACAAAUACUCAGCAUUGUUGAUUUUCAAACCAUUAGUAUCAUAAACGGGCACAAAGGAGAUAAUUUACGUUUAGGAUAUUCAGAAUUAUUAUACCAAAUUUCUCAAACACAAAAAACAGAACGUUUGAUAUAUAAAACAUAGAAUGAACUCUGACGGUAAUAAGAUGGAUACGUCUAGUAACGGACGUAUCAUAUACAAUAUGUCUCAAAUAGCGCCCGGUAUGGGAUCGACCAUACCUUGUACAGAUUUCCCUGUUAACAAUUCAAAUAUAACCUUAAAUAGUCUUGGUAGUGUAAGCGGUAUUGGUAGUACAUCGGCAGCUGCUAGCAAUGAUUGCUGCUUAAAAUUGAAUAACGAACAAAGUUUACCAUCAGCCACAAUUGCUAGAUGUCAAAAGCCGCAGGAGCGUUAUGUAUGGGAAAUGCGCACACGUAGUCCUAAUGUCACGCCUGCCAGCACUGUGCUGAAUUCACCGGAUUUAAAUACAGAUGUUCAAUAUACACUACAUCAUCAUCAGCAUCGGCAACAUCAAAUAAGGGUUGGGCGAAGUCCUGGAAGUCAAUUUGAAUCACAAAACGUAAUACCACAAGAUCUCGCCAGUCCAGGCGGCUCACCGACUGACGUCGGUAAAGUCGGUGUCCAAUGUCUGCGGGAUGGUGAAAUAGUUGUCUUUGAUGAUAUUGAUACUAGCUGGAUGAAUAAGACAGGUACACCUAACGUUUCAAACGUUGCGCAAGCGAAAAAUUCUUUAGAUUGUUUUACAUCAGCACAUAAUCAGCACAAUAAUGAAGAUAUUUUAAAAGUCACAAAAAUGAUUGGGCAGCUACCGAUUGCCGAGUACGAAGGAUCCCCACGUCGAUUUGGCAAUCUACCACAGGGCAAUAUGAAGUCGGCAGGUGCAUGCUCUUUCCCUAAAAGGCCGCCGGGAUUCCCGCAACGUGUGUCGCCUAUAGCAGGUGCUCAACAACAACAACAACAUUCAUUAAAUCAGCAACAGUUUAUGCAACAAGAGCUCAAUUCACGUACAGCACAAUAUGCAAAACGUAGCUUUCAACAGCAGCAACAAUCAUAUUAUGUGACGGCCCCAGGCAUCGCGUCUGAUACUGCUACCGUAAAUAAUUGUCCUGUUAAUAAAUCCAUUGGCAAUUUAAUUGACAUUGAUGGCGGAAGUAGCGCCGCAAUUGUUGCUGACAGCAGACAAGGUGAAACGCCUGCUUUCGAUUAUUUAUAUGAAUGCUCUGAAACACGCAAAGUUUUAGAAGAUUUCUUCAAAGCAAAUUCAGAAGAUGAAAAACGGUUUACGGAUCAUACCGAAAGCGGUGAUGAUGUGGGCAGCUUUGUAUGUCAGGACACCCACUUAGAAUAUGAACGUGAGCGUGAACGUGAACGAGAAGAGGGGAAACAUAUUGAGCAGGCGUACAUAGGACAGCGUUUAGCUAGAAUACCUAAAGAGGAAUUAAAUAUGGUGCAUCGUUCGCCUCGUAAGCAACCUUGUGAAACGGCAUACAAUGAAAACAAUGACAUCGAGUUAUACAUAGACUCAAACAGUCGCAGCAGUGGAGAUUUGGCUGAUACAGAUUUAGAAGCAAAUAUGCGCCGUCACUCCCGUAAUUUCACAUUGUCACCUGAGACUACUGACUACGAUUCCAACUGUGGUGAUCUCGAUAGUUUAUCCAAUGAUAUAAACUGUCCCACUGACUAUGGUAAGCUGUACACUAGCAUGCCUGUAUUGGAGGAUGGAUUAUCGAGUGGACAUGCUUCGGAUACUGAGAAUAAUGUAAAUACCGCAGUGGAAAAUGAAAAACAAAUUGUCGAAUGUAAAAUUGCGGAAAAUGGGGAGUAUGAACAGACACAACAGCAAUACAAAGAAGAGCAGCAACAGUCUACGCCCCCUACAAUGAUGCAAAAUAAUGACUAUACCACGACUUUAUCACAUGAAUGUAAUGAUAGUUGCAUAUCAAACAACUUAGGAGGCGAUAUUGUGAUGGAUUCGAAUUUAAUAAGCGAUUUAAUCGAAAUAUCUGAAAAGUCAAACCAGCAGCAAAAUCAACAGCGGCACCAAUCAAGUCAUCAGUUAUGCAGUCAUGAAGUUUUUCAAAAUGAUGGCAACUAUUGCAAUAACAAUGAUUGUUUAAAUGCAACGAAUGAGCUUACCCAUAAUGAUUCUAAAUACGACGCCGUCUACGUAUCAGCUAUAACUGCAAAACAAUCUCCACCACCUCCGCCAGCGCCAACAGCUUAUCGGCAGUGUGCACGCUCUAAACAGCAGCGAGAGUCAGCAGACAUACAAGAAGCAAUGAAGGAGAUACGAUCGGCGUUACAACGUGCGAAAACGCAGCCAGAAAAAUUGAAAUUUUGUGAUGAAGUGUUACCGCCAGAUCCUGAAUCGCCAGUGUGGGUGCCACGUAAAGCAUCGCCUUGUAAUGCGACUUUGGUAGCCAAUCGGAUCGAGAAUCACCGCUUGCAUAAUCAUAGUGGUGAUAUUGGCGAGGGUGCUAUUGGGACGGUGUGUGAUGAGGAAGAACCGGAUACUGAUUUGGAGACGGAUCGAUUGCUGGGGCAACAGCGAAUAGACGAACAAGGCUAUUAUGAUGAUAAGACAAUUUGGUCAAAACCAACUCGUACCGGUGCAGGCACCGAUUCCAAUGACCAGUCACCUAGCACAUCGGAUAUAACAAUGCUCACCACGAAUUCUGUCAGUAUUAAAGCUCAAGCAUUCUCGUCAGCAACAAUACGACAGGGUAUCGGCACAGCGCUAACACCGAGUUCACCGGAACAAACCCAGAUUGUGGGCAGCGCGGAUGUUACGCUCUCCUCACCUGAAAAGCUACAAUAUACAAAAAGUCCAACGGGUUCUAUCAAAUCGCUAAAAGAUUCAGCGAAUAGCGAUAAGAAAGCAAAAACUCGCAACAAAGAGGGACUGUUGGACCCUGCAGUGCUGAUUGAAGGUGUUCUAUUUCGCGCACGUUAUUUAGGCUCAACGCAAUUAGUGUGUGAGGGGCAGCCUACGAAAUCGACGAGAAUGAUGCAAGCUGAGGAGGCUGUGUCACGUAUUAAGGCUCCAGAAGGUGAAAGUCAACCCUCUACUGAAGUCGAUCUAUUCAUAUCAACCGAAAAGAUUAUGGUGCUCAAUACUGACCUCAAGGAGAUUAUGAUGGAUCAUGCUCUACGUACUAUUUCCUACAUUGCCGACAUUGGUGAUUUGGUUGUGCUAAUGGCUCGUCGUCGAUUUGUGCCAUCCGACUCGUGCGGCUCGGAUGCAGAUAUUGCCAACGGUUGUAAUGAUGGCAAUAAAGAUUCUCAAGAAAAUGGCACUGGCGGUAAUAACUCUAGUGAAAACGGUGGAACGUCCAAUAGUAUUAGCUGCAGUGUUGGUAAUGGCAGUAAUAAACUUAAUCGCACACCCAAAAUGAUUUGCCAUGUCUUCGAAAGCGAUGAAGCGCAGUUUAUUGCACAAUCAAUUGGUCAAGCUUUUCAGGUUGCCUAUAUGGAGUUCUUGAAAGCGAAUGGCAUUGAAGAUCAUAGUUUUGUAAAAGAGAUGGAUUAUCAAGAGGUGCUCAAUAGCCAGGAGAUUUUCGGCGAUGAAUUGGAAAUAUUUGCAAAAAAGGAGCUGCAAAAAGAGGUUGUUGUACCAAAGAUGAAAGGAGAAAUACUCGGUGUGGUGAUUGUGGAAAGCGGUUGGGGUUCAAUGCUUCCAACUGUCGUUAUAGCUAAUCUGAUGUCAGCAGGUGCUGCGGCACGCUGUGGUCAGCUAAAUAUUGGUGAUCAAUUGAUUGCCAUUAAUGGCAUGAGUUUGGUCGGCUUACCACUGUCAACUUGCCAGAAUUACAUACGUAAUGCGAAAAAUCAAACAGCGGUAAAAUUCACUGUUGUACCGUGUCCACCAGUAGUUGAGGUGAAAAUCAAGAGACCAAAUACAAAGUAUCAGCUGGGCUUUAGUGUGCAAAAUGGCGUGAUUUGCAGUUUGUUGCGUGGUGGCAUUGCGGAACGUGGUGGUGUACGUGUGGGACACCGUAUAAUUGAAAUCAACAAUCAAAGUGUGGUGGCGGUGCCACAUGAAAAAAUUGUUAAUCUGCUCGCUACAUCCGUGGGCGAGAUCUUAAUGAAGACUAUGCCUACAUCAAUGUUUCGCUUACUCACGGGACAAGAGAAUCCCAUAUACAUUUAAAUUAUAUUUAACUUCUGCGCUAUUAAAUAAUCGUAAAUACAUACUUACCACUAAAAUAUUUAUAAUAGUCUUUUCUAAUUCAGUUUAGUAUAUCUUGUGCGCUAAAAUGAAGUUUUAAUACUUUCUAUUUAAAGCCUAACAAACUAACACUAUACAUACUCAAAUCAGAUGUACUAUUAGACGAGUAAGUGCAAUAAGUUAAUGCAAAUUGUAAAAAAAAAAAACAAAAACAAAUAAUAAUCGCAAAAAGUGUUCAAUUGACGCGGUUCAACUUUAAAUCAAUCAAUUUAUAAUUUUUGCAAAAAUUUACUAAAUAAUAACACAUACUUUACGCCUAAAUAUAAUAUUUUGUAACCUUGUGAAAACUUCAAAAAUGAUCUUCAAUCAUUGCUUAAUUGAAAAUCUAAACAUACGUAUAUGCAAAUAAAAUAUUUUUACUACAAAUUGUGUAACCAUGUAUCACUAAACUAAUAACUAUAUCAACUUGCAUUAAACAAAUGCUUCUUUCCAUUCAAUGAAAUCAUUUAUAAUUAUGUAAGAAUUUCAGUUCUGGCGAUUGUAUAACGUCAAAUGUUUUGAGAUGAUUAAUUGGCUUCAAACUAUUGUACAAUAUCAUAUGUUCUAGAAAACAGAAUUUAAAAUUGCUAGCUUAAAGUAUUUAUGCCAUGGCAAACACAAUACUGUUAAAUGAUUAAAACAGCAAAAUAUAAAUAACUCAAUGUAAAAAAAAAAA